AUGGACCCCUCCCGGCACAAGUUCGAGGAGGUGCUGCAGACGUGCCUCAUGACCAUGGAGGCCCUGUCCGUGGACCCGGAGGUACAGCGCGACGGCAUCGUCGUGCUCGUGGACAUCACGCGCUUCUCCUACAAGCUGGUCCGGUGGCUCACGCCCUACAAGAUCAAGGUCUCCCUCAAGUUCCUGCAGGACUGCAUACCGGUCAAGAUGCAGGCCCUGUACUGCGUCAACGCGCCCCGGGUGUUCAGCCUCACCUACAACGCGGUCAAGCCCCUCAUGAAGGAGGAGUUCAGAAGAAAGAUAUCCUGGCACAACGGCGACCUGUCCUCUCUGCACAAAGUCCUUCCUCCGUGCGUGUUGCCCAAGGACUUCGGGGGCACCAAGACGAAGGACCCCGUCGACUGGGAUGGCUGGUUCGGCCACGUACUUGAAAAGGCACCCCUGUUUGAGGAGCUGAGAUCUUACGGUUAUGUCUCCAAACGGGAAACUUGA